UAUUGGUCCAAAAUCAAGAACAAGUCUGCAAGACUGUCUGGCAAUAAAUUCCUAGCUGUCUUCAGUGAUUAAUAUUUUUGCCUUAGGGUUUCAGUCUGACUUUUUAGCAAAUAGCAAAUAGUUUGUGAGAUGUUUAUGAGUGAAAGGAAAGCAUACUCUAUAUGGUAGUACUGACAUUUUCUGGUAUUAUGGAACUAUAUUUGUUUCAAUAAAUUUCAGUUCUUGGGUUCGACUUUGGUCACCAUGGUAUAUUUUAGGAACUUACUUAGACUAUAAGCUCUUCAAAAAUAAAUAGUUUAAUGAACACUGACAGGCCUAGACUAACAGACUCUUGCUGAUGUAUAUAAUCUUUUUAGAUGUUGUAGAAAUGCCUGCUAUAUGCAAACCACUUUGAAUGUUGCACACUCCCAGGCAUAACUCAUGUAGACAGCUUGAUUUGCUUUUUCUGGCAUCCUUCACCAUUUUUAGCAUAAAGUUAUGGGGUUCAGAACUCAUGUGUUUUACCAGCUCAUUUUUUUCUCUCUCUCUUCGUUCCCCUGUCUGUCCAAUCUUCCAAAAAUGGCUGUGACAUAAUGGACUCUUGUCACUUGUCGCUCUUACACAUUUACCUUGACUUCAUCUUUGCCCCAUUUGCAUCCUAAUCUACAUGUAUGCCCUGUCUUGUUUGGAGAUGGUAGACUGCACAGUAGCCCCUGUAGCAAUGGAGGACAGUGAGCAAUGGAAACCAAUCGAGGACUGUCACAGUGGUGUGCGGUCUGAUGACCAGGACUCCAUUCCAGCAUCUCCUAAACCAAAGAAGCUUGUGGAAGAGCAGAAAUCAAGCCACACCAAGGAAGAUUCAGAGGACUCUGAGCUGGAGAAUAUCAUGGGACACCAUUCUUUGAGAGAGAGGCACCUGUUUGCCCCUUGUGAGGAUGAAAGUCAUGAGAGUCCCCACACAGAGGAAACAUCCACAUUUUUGAGGCUUCCUGCGUUAUGCAGAACCCUUGGGGAGGUCGAGCCUGACCCCAAGCACAACAUUCAGACUGGAUAUGUGGAUCUGCCACCUCCCUUCAGCCCAUCACCCAUCAGCCCUUCCAGGCCCAAGAGUCCAUGGGGUCGCUUUGACCCUUAUGACUCCACUGAGGACCAGGAUAAAGAGUAUGUGGGCUUUGCAACCUUGCCAAAUCAAGUGCACCGCAAAUCUGUGAAAAAGGGCUUCGACUUCACUUUAAUGGUAGCAGGUGAGUCUGGAUUGGGCAAGUCCACCCUGGUCAACAGCCUCUUCCUCACAGAUCUGUAUAAAGACAGAAAACUUCUCAAUGCUGAAGAGCGGAUCACCCAGACAGUGGAAAUCACGAAGCACACAGUGGACAUUGAGGAGAAGGGUGUCAAACUCAAGCUCACCAUCGUGGACACGCCAGGCUUUGGGGAUGCAGUUAACAACACUGAGUGCUGGAAGUCAGUAGCCGACUACAUUGACCAACAGUUUGAGCAGUACUUCAGAGAUGAGAGUGGCCUGAACCGCAAAAACAUUCAGGACAACCGCGUGCACUGCUGUAUUUACUUCAUUUCACCCUUUGGUCAUGGUCUCAGGCCUUUGGAUGUGGAGUUCAUGAAAGCCCUACAUGAAAAGGUCAACAUUGUGCCAGUUUUGGCCAAGGCAGACACUCUCACCCCCAGUGAGGUCAAGAAAAAGAAAAUUAAGAUUCGAGAGGAGAUCGAGCAAUUCGGGAUCAAAAUCUACCAGUUUCCUGAUUGUGAUUCAGAUGAGGACGAGGAGUUCAAACAGCAAGACCAGGAACUGAAGGAGAGCAUCCCAUUUGCAGUGAUCGGCAGUAACACAGUCGUUGAGGCAAAAGGAAAGAGAGUGCGGGGUCGACUUUAUCCCUGGGGCAUUGUAGAAGUGGAGAACUCUGCACACUGUGAUUUCAUAAAGCUGAGGAACAUGCUGGUGCGCACACACAUGCAGGACCUGAAGGACGUGACACGGGAUGUUCACUAUGAGAACUACAGAGCUCAGUGCAUCCAAAGCAUGACACGCAUGGUGGUGAAAGAACGCAACCGCAACAAACUCACUAGAGAGAGUGGCACGGACUUCCCCAUUCCUACAGCUCCCAAUGUAACGGACGCAGAGACAGAAAAACUGAUCCGCGAGAAAGAUGAAGAGCUGCGGCGGAUGCAGGAGAUGCUGCAGAAGAUCCAAGAGCAGAUGCACACCCAGAAGGAAGCCUAUUAACCCCUGCAUGUGCCAUUCACGUUUGCCACGGUGCCACUUUACUGCCUGACCUUUAUGCCUGGGACCUUACCAUCUGAUGAGACCCUUUUCUGCUCAGUGAAGCUCCAAAUGUAGUGCACAAAGCAUGCUCCAUGUCUUGGUCCACUUUGUCUUCAGUUUGUGUGUGAGUCUAGUGGCUUUGAAGUUCCACUAGGUGUCAUUAAGUGCUGCAAAAAGAAAAAAAAAAAACAUGCCCUUGUUUGAGUGCACUAGCAUCAAAGCCGAUACAGACACAAAGAAUUUCACACAAAAACAAACGUAUUGUAUUUUGUGAAACAGUUUGGCCUGCUUAUAGAGAUCAAAAGAACAUAUUUCUCGCUUAAGAGGUUGGGGGGGGGGGGGGCUCUUUUUUGUGCAGUGUACUAAAAUAACAAAGUCCAAAUGUAGUUGCUGUUACAGACAAAACAGUAACUGAACUAAAGAGCCAGAUGAAACAAAUGAGAAUGUUAUUUUCUGGGGAUUUCAUAUAGUUUAUGAAACAUUUUAGCUAUCUUAGAGAACAAGCAAUUAUUUGUACAUCUUUUGAUCACUUUUCCAUUUCAUUUUCAGAAAUAACAUACUAUAAACAUAAACUUACCAAACUAUACUACCAACAAGGGGACAUCUUUUGUUCCUUUAAUAUGUAUAUUUUGUCUGGGAAGGUGUAUGUGGUACAUUUUGAAUUAGUGUUUAGUGUAAAGCUAUAUUACUGGUCCCUUAAGGUCCAAUUAUUUACCCUGAAAUCAUUUUAAAAUUAUAUGCUUCAUAUUUCCAGGUGAAUGAUACCUACCACAGGUACAAAAGAUGUACCCUUGAUGGUACCACCCCAGUAAUGAGGAAAAGUACAGUUUGUUACCUUUAUUUCCAAAACAUAGACAUAAAUAAAACUGCUUGUGCAAAGUGAAAAAAAAAAUAUUACAGAUACAAUUUUGUAAAUCUUUAUGAAAUUCCCAGAGAACAACAAACCCAGCUGUUGUGUCUGUGUUUCUUGUAACAGCAAAUACACUUGGAUUUUGUUUUAAGAAAACUUAUUUUUUCAGAAUGGCUAUAUUGGUGGAAGUGAAAGCUACAAGUGGCAUUCUUUAAGUAACUUUGUUUAUACGCCAUUAUGCAUAUAUAAUUCCCUGGAUUAGCUUGUUUUCAUAGGAUAAAAACAACAAAUUAUUUAAAUGUUUGUUUUUCUACAUUGUGGUAUUUUAUUUGUUAAAUGAAUGCAUUCGUCGUACUGUAUGUACAUGCUUUUGUUUGUAUGGCUACAAAAGAAACAGAAGGUUUCUUUACAUAGGUCAACACUGUUUUAUUUUCUUAUGAGAGUAAUAGUAAUAAUUGAAGUACUGUAGAACAAUAUUUUUCUUAACAAAGCUGACAUAUUAUUGAUUUAUUUUUUGGAAAAGAUGUUCCAGAAAAAAUUACAUCAUUCCUUAAGUGCAGACUUUUAACUAACAAGUCAAAAGAGAAGACAGUUAGUGAUGUGCGUACAGAGGAAACUAUCAAUAUAUAACAUUGUCUUUAUCUUAAUGGUGUAAUAACAGAUGAAAUGCAGUUGCAAUACUUUUUUUUUGUCACUAAACAUUGUAAUUAACAAGAUGAUGAUCAUGGGAAUGCCCAAUAAUGAAAUCAGGACAAUUUAAAGUGAAAUAAUAUACAAUGUGAUGUUUUUCAAAGUACAUAAAAUAAGCCUAAUGCGAAUAAAGUAACGAUCAAUAUA